CAACAUUCAACUUUCAGGACACCUCUGCCAUCACAGCGGACGCCAUGAAGAGUACAACGUUCUUUCCAGUCUUCCUCGGUCUCCUCUUCGCGUUAUUCGCGCAUGCUGCUUCGGUCGACAAGCGUCAGUCCCGAGGGUCACUCCAACAAGUGACCAACUGGGGCCCCAACCCGACCAAUGUGCCCAUGUAUGUUUACAUACCCAAUAACCUCGCGUCUUCCCCGGGCAUUGUCCUGGCCAUCCAUUACUGUACCGGGAGUGCCCAAGCGUAUUACCAAGGCUCUCCAUACGCGCAGCUCGCAGAGCAGUACGGGUUCAUUGUGAUCUACCCGAGCAGCCCGCGCCAGGGUGCAUGUUGGGAUGUCAGCUCGCAAGCCACACUCACGCACAACGGCGGCGGCGACAGUAACUCGAUCGCGAAUAUGGUUACUUGGGCCAUCUCCGAGUACGGAGCCGACUCAUCCAAGGUGUUUGUCACCGGCAGCAGCUCCGGCGCCAUGAUGACGAACGUCCUGGCUGCAGCAUAUCCAGAGCUGUUCCAGGCCGCUAGCGUCUACUCGGGCGUCCCAGCCGGCUGUUUCUACUCAUCUACGAACGCCGUCGACGCCUGGAACUCGACCUGUGCGCUCGGCGACGUGAUGGAUACGCCCCAGCAAUGGGGUAAUGUCGCCCGCGCGAUGUACCCCGGCUACUCUGGCGCACGCCCCAAGAUGCUCAUCUGGCAUGGCACCGCUGACACCACGUUGUACCCGCAGAAUUACUUCGAGACGAUGAAACAGUGGACGAACGUCUUUGGGUACAAUUACAACGCUCCGCAGAUAGUUGAGGUUAACAACCCGCAGAGUGGGUAUAACCGCACGAUAUGGGGCCCGGAUGUUGAGGGAAUAUACGCGCAGGGCGUCGGCCACACCGUCCCGAUUAAUGGAACACAGGAUAUGAUCUGGUUCGGGUUUGAGGCUUGA